GCACUUGAGUGGGUGGGCUCACCGUUUUGGAUUGCCCUUUUGCGAAGAGAGGAGCGUAAUACCCAGCCUUCAGAGGCUGAUCUUGCGCAAGGUGCCAUUUCUGCAACUAAAUGGGAUUCAUCAGAUAUACCACCUACCACGGUAGACGGAUUGUUCUUAAUAAUUCUGUGCUCAGUAUUCUCUUACCCGACACCUGCUGUACACUACGGAGUGCGUGUUCUCCAGUUUUGCGCAUCGCCAGAAACAGCGCCAGACACUCCGGUGUUCAUAUUCUCUUUAUACACCUUGAAACCUGAACUAUAUUCUAAAAUGUCAUCGCCAAGUAAUGGAUCUAAUGUGACGGGGAAUUUUACCAAUCAGUUUGUUCAGCCGCCGUGGCGAAUCGCCUUGUGGUCAGUCGCCUACAGCUUCGUAUUAGUCGUGGCGGUCUUCGGAAACCUGAUUGUGAUUUGGAUAAUCCUGGCACACAAGCGAAUGCGCACUGUCACCAACUACUUUCUGCUUAAUUUGGCUUUUUCUGAUGCUUCAAAGGCUGCCUUUAACACUCUUAUUAAUUUCAUAUACGCUGUAAAUGGUGAAUGGUACUUUGGUGACUCUUACUGCAAGUUCCACAACUUCUUUCCUGUCACCGCUGUCUUUUCCAGCAUAUAUUCAAUGACAGCCAUAGCCGUUGACAGGUACAUGGCCUUCAUCCACCCUCUGCAACCGAGGCUGUCGGCGAAGGCGACCCGGGUGGUCAUCGUCUGCAUCUGGUCGCUGGCCAUCGUGCUGGCCUUCCCCCUCUGCUUCUACUCCACCACCACGACCAUCCCCCGGAGGACGCUGUGCUUCGUGAACUGGCCCCGAUCUUCAGAGGACUCCUUCAUGUACCACAUCAUUGUGACUGUACUGGUAUAUGUACUGCCCCUAGUGGUGAUGGGAAUUGCCUACACCAUCAUUGGAAUAACUUUGUGGGGAGGGGAGAUUCCAGGAGAUACAAAUAAAAAUUACCAUGGGCAGCUUACAGCAAAGAGGAAGGUGGUGAAGAUGAUGAUCAUCGUGGUGCUGACCUUCGCAUUUUGCUGGAUGCCUUAUCACAUCUACUUCAUCGUCACUGGACUUAACAAGCUGCUCACCAAGUGGAAGUACAUCCAGCAGGUCUACCUCUCAGUGAUGUGGCUGGCCAUGAGCUCCACCAUGUACAACCCCAUCAUCUACUGCUGCGUCAACAGCAGAUUCCGAGCCGGGUUCAAGCGGGCGUUCCGCUGGUGCCCCUUCAUCAAGGUGUCCACCUACGACGAGCUGGAGCUCCAGAUGGCGCGCUUCCACCCCGCCCGCCAGAGCAGCAUGUACACCGUCACCCGCCUGGAGUCCAGCGUGGCCGCCGCCGCGACCUUCGACCCUGCCGACGCGGACAACCCCGGCGCCCGCCAGGCGCGGCAGAAGAGCUGCCCCUCCCUCCACGGCGGUGCCAACGGCUGCCCCGGCGGGGGCCUGAGGGCUUCUGGGAGCUCCGGCCUCUACGGCCCUCGCGGUGCUCCCGCGAAAGAGUUCUCCUGAAGACCGGAAGGUUCCCUCGCCAAACCCACGGCGAAUAAGCGCACGGAUAAGGAGCUGUGCGCGCCGGGGAGAUGAGGCAGUGUGAAGUGUGUUGUGCAUGUGUUCAGAAACUGCUGGGUAUAAAAUGGACAUACCCAGUGUUUCAGUGUUAGUGUACAGAAAACAAGAACAUGGAUGACGAUGAUGACCAUUGCACACAAGUGUUUAUUUUCUAUUUUAUUUGCCAGCUGAUGUCACAGUCAUUACUUGUAAUUGGGGAGUAGUUUAACUACAUUUAGGUAAAUUAGUAGUUUUAAUUACAUAUUGCAGCAGUUUGUUGGUAGUUCAACUACAUUCAAAUUUGUCUGGAAGUUGAAGUAGUUAAUUUCUUUUUUUAUCAUUUUGAGGCAUGGUUAUCCACAGGUUAAGUCCAACUACUUUUAGCCCUAUAAUGUAUUCUUUUCCAAACCCGUUUAAGCAAAUACCGCCUCCUCUCUCUCUUUAUACUGCAAUCCUGAUUAGUGAGCUGCACACCACUCCACUAUGGUUACCAUCAGUCAACGGAAAAUUGCCAUACAUUGCUGGUUUUCCCUAAUGAGCUGUAUAAUUCUCCCCUAGUGCAAAAAGAAAGCAUUUCUGGGGACCAUGAUAAUGACUAUUAUUUGAUCUUUUUUCUUGUUUUACAGUGGUAGAAGUAGUUUGAACUACCCUUUUUUGAGUAACUGUAGUUUUGCCAGCUACAUUUCUCUUCAAGGUAGCUGUGCUGUAGUUCAACUACUUUCAGUGUGAAAUAAUUGCCCAUUUGCACGGCGACACUGUCACAGCUGAAGCUGAAGCUGAGGGAGGUCUGUAGACCCCGAUCACAACGAUAGUUAUUUUACCACACAUCAAGCUUCAAUGAAACAAAUUCAAAGUAUUUGGCCACUGAGAUGGAAUUUACGACUGUAACCGAAUAGCAUCACCUUAUAUAGACGGCCACACCACCUCCUUUACUAGUUUUAUGUCAUAGACAUUUAUAGUUACAAUUAAAUCAUCAGUUUUCUUUAGCCAGGGUUCAGUGAUAAUAAAGACAUCGAGAUCCGUUUAGAAACAAGAAUGACUGCGUACGCUUCUGGCAUUGAUAUGUGAUAAACCUAAACCUUGUUUCUGCUUUUGAAUGUAAGGGGGUCAGUUAGACUGUUGACACAAUUUACAGGCAGCACAGACUGGAGAUGGACUGUUACCAUUUGAACUGCAAUUAAAUUAGAAAUAUUUCUGCACACAGGAGCAUGAUAUUUAUAUCGUCUAUGGGGAGUUAAGGAGUAAAUGUUUAAUUAAUGUGAACACAUUGUACCCACUGGCAGUCAGAUGCAGAAUGACUAGCUGAAGUCUAAAGUCAGCUCUAUGUUCAUAGCUAAAAGAUGGGAACCAGCUGAGUUGGGGUAUAGACCAUCUACUUAAAAAAGUUCCCUAUUGACUCAAGAAAAAAAAGUGAAAUUGUCCAAAAGGUGUAAACUUGGGAGGGCCACAGUGUUCUUUUCACCAGAUGUGAAGUUGGCAGAUUUGGCUGAACUUUACUUGGCCAGAGUAAUAACUGCAGUGGUGCGCUGUUUACCAGAAUCCAGGAGAGCAUGACUAAGAGUGAUGAAACUCAUCCUUGAGUUUCUCCGAUUCCUAAAGCCUGAUGUCAUUUUAAUCCCACGUUGACGGCUAUAGAGCGGACGCCAAUUGGUGUUCCCGCUGAUGCGAUGGCAUUCUGGAAUUAAUGCCUUGGACUUGGACACCCUGGAAAGCAAAGCGUAUGUGCUUGAGGGAUGAAGAUGUACUGAAUGUUGGAUGAGCCCACCACGAGCGCAGGGUCGGAGCUGAGGUGGAGGGAGGAGGGGAGAGGGGGAUGGUCUUCACGAGUCGUCCACCUAGGCUGCUGGGCUCCGGUAGACGAGCAAGGUGCGGUGUGGUGUUUAGGCCGCUGGUGUGGUGGAUAUCCAGCCUUCCUUCGGUUCAGCUUCCCUUUCUAUAUCCUCAACCUCCCUCAAUUAAUAGUAAUAAUAAUAAUAAUAAUAAUAAUAAUAAUAAUAUCAGCUGAACGCUGAUGCUUUCUGGGCUAAACUAUUUGGACUUCAACAGUUACUUAAAAAUAAAUUAAAAAGUAUAAAUAAAUAAUAAAUAAGCAGAUGCCCAUGUUGGAGAAAACUUACAAAGUCAAGUUACGAAACUAAAAAUAAGUAAUAAAUAAAAGCCCACAGUGGGUGAAACUGUGGAAACAUAGUAAAACUUGGAGAUAAAAAAUAAAAUGAUAAAAAAUCAAAUGAUUAAAUUUCAAAAUGAAAUUAAAGUAAAUAAAUGUAAAGGAUUAAAUAAAGACCAAAGUAGAAAGGGGGUAAAGGUGUCUGUGUUUGGAAGUGAUGGUUGUAAAGGAUUAAAAAAGCAAAACUUCAAAAACGAAGCUCUCAAACCUCUCUGUGAUCUCCCAGCACGAUACUGAAUGUCUGAUUGAACAUUGUAAGAUUCUGAUGUGUAAAAAAGUUAACUUGUCAUAAUGAUUGGCAAUAGAAGUACAUGUUUGGCUUACUGAACAGCCACUGUUCUGAUUAAGAUAUGUAUAUCCAUGAUUAGAUUUGAAAUUAAAUAUGCAAAUAAUAACACCCCCCCCCCCCCAACAAAAAGAACUGUAGUAUCAUAUUUUCUAUAUCAAAAUUUUCAAUGGUCUAUUAUUCUAGGUAAUUUAAUUAUUUUGUGGAAUGGAACUAAUGUUUAGACUGCAAGAUGACUGGAAUUAUAUAGAAAAGGUCGGAUUACAUCUGGUCUGUCUCUAACACACCUCAUCAGUCCUACCGUAAGACUACCGUGCACUGCAUGUAGACUGAGGCAAAAGCCUUUAUCAACUAUAUCACUCCAAAUAAGCAGGUUUUGAGUCCAGCAAUAUAAUCACCGGCUCAAGAGAAGCCAGAACUGGACACCAGGACUGGGUCCUAAGAUGGAGUUUUGAUGAAGCAUCUUUCUCACCUGCUUAGAGCACAUUUGGUGUUUCCCAUCACAAGCCACUAUUUUAGUAUUUUCCCUUAUUUUCUCACUGGAAUUUUUUUAACUUACAGUUUUGCAUGUAUUCUAGCCAAAGGGGAAGUAUAUGUACAGCUUAUUUCACAUCUAGAUGUUUUAUUAAUGAUUCAUUACCUCAGUGCAAUGUGAACAAUGUGAUGUUAUAUUUUUAAUAAGUACCCUAUUCAAGAACAUUUAAAGAAAUACUACAGACUGCUUUUAUUGUCAGUUAAUUGUGUGCAAUUGCUGGUGUGCUGUAGGUCUUUACUGUGAUUCUAAAACCCAUAGUGCUGUUUACUCCAUAUCAUUCAAUGAAAUGUCGUUAUGGAUUUUCGAUAAAGACACCUCUAAGUGUCUUUUGUGUGAGCCAAAAACAGGAUGCUAAGAUAAAGAAAAUGAAACAAUUCUUGGGAAAUUGCUCUUGCUGUCAGUACAAUGGCCCAAACUAACCCAAGAUAGGUGCCUAUUUUUUCUCCUUGGUCAAUUGUGUUGAUGAUUAAAUCGAUCAAACUAUGUUUGUGAAGGAAAGAAUGAAUGGACACAUGCACAAAAAUCUUGAUUGAAUACAAAUCUUUAUCAAUUAAUCUUAGUGGGUGGUUCAGAGCAAAUGGACAUGGACCACACCAGGAAUUAAGUUAGAAUUCAGCUAUUUUGAAGAUGUACAAUACUUAUUUUUGAAUAAAUGUGAAUUUACAUAUUUUACAUAUUAAUUAAAAAAUGUAUCACAUACAUUUGUUCUUUAUUUGCUGCCAUCGGUCAUAUACUACAGUAAGUAAUGGUCAGCAUGUUUAUAUUGUACAUAAAUAUAUAUGAAACGUGAUGUGCAAAAAAUGUAUUAAUGUUUGUUAUCUCAUUGAGAAUAAUAAUUAGAAGGUCAUUUAAACAAAUUGUGCAUGUACAUAAGAAAUGUCUAAAGUAACAGUUUCGUGUGAUGAAAAUACUAUUCAUUGCUGUGUUUGAAUCAUUUUUAUGGAAGUUUUUUGCAGCUUUUUUCCAAUCAGAACUUGAAAUCAAUAGCACUGUCAUGGGUAAUAAGGAACAGUAUCUUUGCAGCUAAGGACGCUCAGAAACAUCCCACGUGAAUGAGGCAUCUCUAGUCUGGCUGUAAUACAGGCAUGCGCCUCACCCAAGGCUGAUUCAUAAAGCUGUUCCCCGGUGAGGCAAAAUAACUGACUGCAUACGUGUGUUUAAAUAAGAUAAUCCCAUAACACCAGUCUGAAACACGGCUCGCUGGCUGCCACGAGCUUUGGUUUGCGUCAGAGUGGGUUUGUGAAGCAACAUCACUUUCAAACCUAAGCUUUGGAGUUUCUGAGGACUGAUCUCCCAAGAUAUUCUCUUUUAAAAGAUGCUUUUGCUUCCGGUGUAGGUCCUAAGUCAUACAGGGUCAGAAAGAAAAUAUGAAGAAGAUAUUUGGGACAAUCAAAGUCUCAGACUGUAAUUUUUACAGUAUACAAAAUGGGUGUGUAACUUAAUACUCUCUUUGUCAAAAUGGUGUAUGUCAAAAGCAAGCAUCGCAGGAGGAGAUAAACAAGACCUUAAAAAGGCUUGUUACAUCUGUCUUAGGAGAAAGGGGUCAUCACAAGCUCGUGGCUGCUGUACCUAACCAAUCCUGUCUUGAUCACAUGACAUCGUUGUUGUUAGCAAUGCGUUAACUGAAUUGUCAUGCAUCGCUCCAUUGUAAUCAGUGUUAAAUAGUUUUACGGUACGUACGGUAAAUGUGUCACUGUGGAUCUUAAUGUUACGUGUCGUUUCAGUCAUUUGUUGAAUAAAGGUGUGUAAAUUGUCUCAGAAACUAA